AAGGAGGUAAACUUGAAUUCUACUGGGUUUCACCCGAACAGAUUCGAAUCCCUCUGUCUCUGAUUUUCAAUCUUCACUUCCUUUUCUCCAAAUUAGGGUUAGGGUUUUUUCCAAUUUCCCACUAUCAACAAUCCAAGUCACUCGAUUGAACUCAGCAGCAACUAAAAUGGAAGAGCAAUCCGUAGUAAACGGCAUCGUUUCAGGUUCAAGCAGUUCCAGAACGACACAGGAGCUUGCAAUGGAAGGCCAGAAAUACCUCGAAGAAACCAUAGAGUACGCUUUUCAGAUCCUAUCUUCCAUGAACGACGAGCUCUGCAACCCCGUUUUGUGGUCCAUUGCUUCUCCGUCUGCAGCUUCCUCAGCUUCCCCGCUUCACCAUAACAACGGUCCUUCUUCUCACUCUUCCAACGGUGGCGCCGGAGAUGCUGCCUCCGAUAACUCCAACCACCAUGCUGAGAGUGGUGCCGUUGGUGGAGGAGCUGGCACUGGUGGCGCACUCGAAGAGGCAAGGUUUCGCUAUAAGAACGCUAUUGCUUCUCUUCGAAACGUUCUCGAAGCAAUUCCCAAUUCUCAAAAGGCAAAAUCAUUUGACACUGGUUCAACUGAUAGUCCAAUGGAAUUGGAUGAUAUGGAAAUUGAGAAAUUGGAGGAGCGAGCCUCUUCUCUAAGAAAGGAGCUUGCCAACAAGAACAUGCACCUAAAGAUACUCAUUGAUCAACUGCGUGAUCUUCUCUCUGAUAUAUCGACGUGGCAAAGUCCUUAUUCAACCUGAAGAUUAGGAUGAACUCUUAAAUUUGAGGAUAGUAUCAUAAAAUGAAAACCUGAGUUCAGAGUACAGUAAAUGGUAAUUAUGCCUCUUGAUAUUCUAACACUUCAAGUUGCAUAGUUGAUCACAAAAGGGAUCUUUUCCUUCCCUGAGAUUAUUGUUUAAUGUGCGUUUGCGAUUAGAAUUUUUUUUACUUAACUAUUAUCAAAGAAUUAACUCAUCCGAUUGUUAUGACAAGAAUUUUAUUUGUUACCUUAUUUUGUUUAUAUAGGUUUAAGAUUGGUGCCUAUUAUUUCAGGGUCCAAUUUGAAAAUUACCAUAUUCAUUUAUUUGAUUUUGAGAAAUAUUUGACUAAGGGAUGGGAAAGUGUGGCUGAGGCUUGUGUACUAGUGGCAAAUAUGUUUGCCUCCUAGAGAGACACACCAAGCGUGAUCCCUAGUGGUUGAAAAAGAGCUUCUAGUGUAGUGUGUGAGUGGGUGUGUAUGUGUUGUGUAUGAACCAAAAUAAAAGGGAUGGGAAAGUGGUUACAUAGUUUAGUGAUAAAAAUCUCCAAGUUUAGUGAGAAAAGAUCUCCCUCUUCUUUACUUGUGAGUUAAGAAAAUAAAGGAUAAAGGCCUUUGUCUACCUUUGGGAGAGGAAAUUGUUGGGAUUUCAACUUUAAAAAAAAAAAGAAAGAAAAAAGAAACCAAGAUGAGAUUGGUGUCCAUUGAUCCUUACUCUCUAUAAAGUGAAAGAAUCUAUACCUACCAUCUUCUUUACUUUCCCUUUGUUUCUUUCAUGCCUCUGAUUUCUAAACAUGAUCCUAACAACCUUCUUUUUUCAAUGUUGUGUAGCAGGAUUUCUGGUCUCACGGAUCUCGUGUCAUUCUUUAGCGAAAUUCUUCAUUUUCCUCUAUCCCCAAAAACAAAAAUGCUAUGUGCAUAAAAAAAUCAGCGAACAAAUUAGUCAUCAUAUAUUUUUAUAUAAAUACAUGUGAAUUUUAAUCCAGAAACUAUUAGAAUAUAUAUAUUGCAGAAACGUGAAAUCAAAGUAGGUGAUAAAGUGGCUGGGAGACAUGGAAAUAUGGGUAUUUUUUCCAAACUUUUGCCUAGAUAGGAUAUGCUUUAUUUGCAAAAUGGAAGACCCCUUGAUAUGGUCUUCAACCCAUUAGGAGUUUCGUUAAGAAUGAAUGUAGGACAGAUAUUUGAAUGCUCACUCGGAUUAGCAGGGAUAUGCUAGAUAGACAUUAUCGAAUAGCAUUUGAUAUUGGCCAUAAUUUACAAGAACAUUUUGUAGUUUUAGUAAGAGGAUGAAGGAUUAAGGAUUUACCCGGUGUGAGAUAUCACAUUGUUCGAAGAACCUUAGAUGUUGUCAGAGUAAAGGAUUGUCAACAAGAUCGUACUAGUGCGAUGUAGAUUCUUAUCCUGCCCAAUUAUUUAUUAACUUAGCUAUGUUAGGUUCUUUGAUUAUUGUUGUAGCUCACCAUAUGUAUUCUAUGUCUUUUUAUACAUACCUAGCUACUGACUAUGGGAUUCAACUAUCGUUGGUGCGCAUGCAGCCAUUUUUAUGGUAAGAGACUAUGAUUCAACUACUUGAUACAACGAUCUAUUAGAUCGUGUCUUUAGGCAUCGCGAUGUAAUCGUAUCAUAUCUAAAUUGAGUAUAUAUUUUUAGGCUUUAAAGUGUAUUUUAUAUUUUAUUAUAAAAUUUAUAUUAUAGUUAGUUUAGUGUCCUUUUUUGUGCGUAAGUAGCAUGGUUGCUUUGAAAAAUAUGCGACUCUAACAUUUCUAGGACACUGGAGGGAUAAUUUUUAUUAUACUGCAGAUAAUACAUCCUUUCUUUACUGUUUCUUCUCUACUUGGGAGUUAAAGAAUAGGUUUUGUAAAUAAAUAUUCUGAAUUCCUGAUCAGUACUUCUAUAUAACCCUUGAAUUUUUAUUUUAUAAAUUGCCUCCUUUUCAGGCAAGAUUAUCGUUGUCAACUAACUUUUCAAUGCCCAAUUCAACACCAAUAAAAGCAUCUUCAAUGCCUAAUUAGG